CGAGCAGGCUCUCGCUCAACGGCUCCAAGACCUCCCUGCACACCACGCGCUCACGCCCUUCCAUCGCCACCGGCAUCGAGCCCGCCCGUCCGCUCCGGGACGACGACUCCUUCGCCCACAGCCCCGUGAGCACCCACUCGCGCGUGCAGAGUGUCUCGGCCUUUGACCUGCCCAAGAAUGGCUCCGUCAAAGACUUUGCCCCGCCCGCUCCAAGCUCGCGCUCGCCGCGCUUCGCCCCGGUCCGCGACCCCAGCCUGCACCGCAAGCGGAGCAACAUGGAGUAUGGCGCCCACGACAGCGACGACACGGAAGACGACAUGGUCGUUGUGGAUGGCGACAAGCCUGUCGACACGACCGGCUACAAAUACCCCUCGGAUGCCGUCCGUGACAGCCCCAACUUCCGAUCCGACGACCAGUUCCAGUCACCUCGCCUGCCGCCCGCCAACCCCCACCACCAAUCUGACAACGGCUCCGAAGAUACCGAGAAGCCCCACGUCACUGCCAGCGCUCGAACGCCCGUCAUUGCCCCGGAGCCACAGCGUCCGCCACUGCUCAAGGUCGGCCCUUCACAUUUGCCCGGCUUCCAGACCUCGCGGACGUCUUCCUCCGAUGGCAUCAGCUCCGUCAUCACCACCUCAACCAUGCGCGCCCCAACCGUCCCUCCCAUCCGAGAGAUCCAGCGCCAGGCCCAUGCAAGUCCUGCGGUCAAUAGCAUGCCACGCAGCGCCUUUACGCAAAUGCGCAGGAAGAUACUGGACCGCGAGUUCUGGAUGAGAGACGAGAACGCAAAGGACUGCUUCAACUGCGGAGAUGCCUUUACCACUUUCCGACGAAAGCACCACUGUCGCACCUGUGGCCAAAUCUUCGAUUCCAAGUGCACCUCCAUCGUCUCGGGCAAGCUGUUCGGCCAGCCAGGCAAUCUGCGAGUGUGCAAGCCUUGCGAGAAUAUCAUUUACGGCCACGACGACGACUCCUCUGACUAUACAGACGAAGGAGACCAAGCCUCCGUUUACGACAACAGCAACCAGGUCGAGGAUUUUGAUCACGACGAUGACGACGCGAGUCACCAGCAACACGAUCACACAAAGAUCGGCACUCCGACCAUCAGCAUACCCAUGUCACGGAAGAGCGGGAGUGAGAAGAAGCGCCGAUCACACAUCAUCGAAGUCGGCACUCAGACCCUUGCCAGGCCAAGCUCGUCACGGUCGUUGCGAUCGCUUAGUGGCAGGCCGCGCUCGUCAAGCCAUAAACGCCAUCACUCCAAACACCAACACAUGCGUCACGUCAAACACGAUGAUCGAGCGCCAUUUCACCAGUACCUUCAUGAGACCACUAGAAGCCACACAAGCUUGCCUGCAUUCCAUCAUGACAACAUUAUCGACCCCGACCUUGCGCCCUUCAUGUCAGACGACAACUCCAGCGAGGAGGAGCAUCCAAGCAUUUUUGCAGCCUUGGAUACAGAUACGUCUGCAGGCACUGGUCUCGAGGGCGAUAAAAGUGGAUUUGGUAGUCUUUUCGCAGCAAUGAAAAAGGGCAAGUCGCGUUCAGGAGAAAAGGGCGGUCCUGCGCGUGAUAGUGAUAAUGUGAGCAUCGCAAGCCGACACGGUGCACGACCACCAAGGCGGCGGAACAUGAGCGUCAGUAGCAUUACACACCGGCCCUCACCACGACGAGCCAAGAGCCAAAACCUGCUGCGUCCCUUCACCGCAGGCCUUGGUGCAGUCGGGUUGGGUUCCCAGUCCGGCACUCCACAGCUCCGGCCAUCUCCUUCCCCAACCCCACCAGGCACAAAGAUAACGCGCAGUGCUUCCAUGCAGGGCGGUAUAUUCCCCAAGGUCGAGCUCAACAAAGCCAGCCUUGACCAUGCCCGGAAACUCCUCACGCAAAUGCUGCGCGACGCAGGCGUUGCGCAUGUGUCUAGCUGGGAGAAGGCUCUUAUUCCAAUCCUGCGGCAAUGCACCGAUGAUGUCAACCCAGAUGUGGAUAGGGGCGAUGACAUUGAUGUGCGGAAUUACAUAAAGCUGAAAAAAAUCCCAGGCGGCAGACCUCGCGACACAGCAUACGUGUCAGGUGUGGUUUUCUCAAAAAAUGUUGCCCUCCGCAGUAUGCCACGUACCAUAUCCAGCCCAAGGAUCAUAAUCAUAACCUUUGCGAUUGAAUAUGCUCGACAUCAGGCGCACUUCAUGAGCUUGGAGCCUGUCAUCGCACAAGAGCGAGAGUAUUUGCGCAAUCUGGUCAGCCGUAUCGCAGCUCUUCGCCCGCACGUCCUACUGGUGCAGCGCAAUGUCUCUGGCCUUGCGCUCGAGUUUCUUGAUCAGGAGGGUAUCGCUGUGGUUUACAACGUUAAGCCCACCGUGCUGAAUGCUGUUGCAAGAUGUACGCAAUCGCGAAUGAUCUCAUCCGUGGAUAAGCUUGCGAUAGACCCAUCGCACUUGGGACGUUGCGGUAGCUUCGAUGUGCGCACAUAUGUUCAUGGACACACAAAGAAGACAUAUAUAUAUCUGUCUGGGUGCCAGAAAGAUCUGGGCUGUACCAUCAUCUUGCGAGGUGCAGAGAACGACGACCUGGUCAAGUUGAAGCGCGUCACCGAGUUUAUGAGUUAUGUCGUGUAUAACCUUCGCCUCGAAACCUGUCUCAUGCGAGAUGAAUUUGUUGAUACGCCGACGGAAUCGGUCGUGGACCCAAAUGCUCUAGACAAUGAGGAGCGCAAAGAAAACAUGACCACCGCAAUCGCUCUUGCAGCCGGAAUCGAAGCACCAUCCGACGGUGUAACAGCGACGGGAGAUGCCGCCCCAUCGUACUACAGCGAUCUGGUAGAGAACCACCGCACAAAAGUGCUUUCCUCGUCGCCAUUUGUAAAGUUCAUGCAGCCGUAUCUUCUGGAACAGGCUCGUCAAUACGAGAGAAAGCUGCAUCAUCUCCGAGGGAAGAAGGAUCAGUAUAACGCUGGAUCGGACGAAGAGGAAGGGGCUCCAGACCAGAAGUUUGAGCUUGUCCAGCCGGAGAUGGUCCAUGGCGUUGUCGAGAAGGCCUCGAAACCAGUCCGUGAAUUCCUGUCUGCUGUCCACGCAUCCGAGUAUGACAAAGCUCUCCACAACUAUGAGACGCAGAAACGGCAAUGGGAAGCAUAUCUAUCCGGAAACACGGAUCUAUAUGAUCCUUUCAGCCAUCAAAAGAUCGCAGUUCUGUACAGCGUGGUCAACACCACCACCUCGACGCCUUGCAUUGGCCCCGAGAUCAUCGCCCUAGGGUUCUACCAGGAGCACGACUAUGACGACGGGUUCACCCCUGACUGCACUCUUGGCCAGUACGUUGAGGAUCUCUGCACAUCCGCAGGCAUCGUUUGCGAAGUUGACGGGUGCAACCGUAGAAUGGUAGAUCACUCGCGUCAGUAUGUGCAUGGCGAGGGCCAAAUGACCGUCGUUGUCCAGAAACAUCCUCCCAAGUUGAAGGGUCUGUACCAGGCGAUAUUGAUGUGGAGCGCUUGCAGGAUAUGCAGCCAGGAAACGCAACCUAUUCCCAUGUCUGAGUGGACCUGGAAGUAUUCCUUUGCCAAGUACCUAGAACUGACUUUCUGGAGCACCCAACUGCAUCCCCGCUCGGGCGUUUGUUCUCACGAUAUUCACAAGGAUCACGUACGUUACUUUGGCUACAACAACGUUGCGCUCCGCAUUCAGUAUGAUCCGGUACCAAUGUACGAGGUCAUCGUUCCAAGGCCAAACAUCACCUGGAAAGUGGACAAAGACCUGAAGCUCAAAAACGAACAAUACCUGAAAAUUGAAGAGCGCUUGGACUGUUUCAUGGCCUCGGUGCGUUCUCGCAUAAGGAGCAUCCACGUGGAGAGUGUCAUCCCCGAAAAGGUCGAAGCGUGUACAGCCGAGGUUGAACGCUUGAUCAAGCGCGUAAACGACGAGCACGAAUUCCUUCGGCACAAAUUACAGGACAAGUAUAUGAAUUCCAAGUACUACGAGAUCAUCCCACUCAACCGCGCCAUUCGUGCGAUACAAGAAAGAGCCAUCGCCUGGGAUGAGGCUUUUGUCGAUUUUGAACAAAUGUUCUUUCCAUCGGAGAAAGACAUUCGAAGACUCGCCACCCUACAGCUGAAGAAGCUGUUCCUUGAGCGCGACGAGUCUAGCACAUCGUUGACUUCAGUAGACGAAGGCGUAGAGUCCGGUGAUGACGAGCCUGGGUACGACGACAAAGACGAAUCACUAGCGCUGACUCCGAUGCCAUCAAACAUGUCCCCCGAAAAGGCGACCGACAUGCUGACCUCCGUGGUGAAAGAAGAUGGCGAUCAACCCUUGGACGCAGACGCCACUCCUCUAGCAGAACGACCGUCGACACCCGUCAAAGUCAUCCCUGACCAGCCGAUACAAGCACCGCGCGAGGCUGUAGAGCGAGAAGAUGUGCGACACCUCGACCUCGCCGUAUCGUCAGAUUUCCCUAGUGGUGCAGCAAAUGUUGACCAGCCUCCUCAAACGCCAACACUGUCUCCAGAUGGCACGCAAAUCGAUCCUGGGUCCCCUACACCGACAAGCCAUCCAAAGAUAAACCCAAUCGACAAGUCAUUAGCGGAUGCCAUUGAAAACAUGCAAGGUUCACCGUCGCCAUCACCAUCUCCUCACAUGACACUGGAGAGUAAGAUUCCACGACUCGUAGAGACCAUCCGGCGUGAGACGCCGGCGAGGCCAGCCACGUUGGCACGUACUCAAUCGCAACCUGGUAACAUUCCGAAACAUCAGUCGACAGCUCCACCUAUCGUGCCUUGCAAACCAGAGGCCCUCCGCCCAACGUUCAACGAUUCGCAAAAAGCACUAGAACGCAUGACUGAGCGCUUACGGCUCGGCAUCUCGAAACAAAGAUCCGCGUCAAGGAUUCCUCGCUCCGUACCUUUCAAGACUCAAGCGUCCAAGGUGUCGAAGCUCGCUGAGCAUUUUGAGCAAUUGUCACGCGAAUUCCAGAAAGAGCGCACGCGCGAACGUUUCCGUGCAAGAGACAGACAAGUCCGCGCGUAUCCGCUUGCAUCAUCCAAGCCCAUCGUUGAGGUUUAUAAGGAUGUCCACGAUGCAGUUCAGGAGAACACAGCGUCCGAUGAGGACGUACAGACUGAAUCUCUCCCGCGUACAAGCGUUGACAACAGCACGCUUAACGAUAGUGCGAUCACAGAGACGAUAGACAAUAUUGCAACCCCCGAAUCGCCGGUUGAUGAACACCAUGGUGGGGACAUGGUGGACAUUCAAGCCGACAGCGAAGACUCGCCAAAGCCGGACAGUCACCCCGCUUCUGAUGCUGAGAACGACACAAGCGAUGUCGAGAUGGCUCCAGAGGAUGUUCCCUUGCCAGACAGCAUUUCCAGUUCGCAGCUACUCAACAUGAGCGACUCCCAGCUCGAUGCGUCGUUGGAACUCCCCAGGCAUGAAAAGACGACGCUACUGAAGAUGCUGACCAACUUUUGGUCAGAGCGCUCGGCAAGCGGGUGGGCGCCUCUGGAUUAUCCAUUUGCACAGAUCGAACACGUCUGGGAGGACUCAGACAUCAUUGUCCGUGAAGACGAGCCCAGCUCAAUCAUCGCACUAGCUCUUUCCAGCCCUGAUUACCUAGCCAAGCUGCAGUCUUUCCGCGACGAUCCAAAUGGCCUCGACAUGGAGUCCAUGGAAGGCUCAAUUGAGCGCAACCUACUCCACGACAAAAAUACCAAUAUUCGAUAUGGCUUCGCCAACCGCGGUGUCAAGGCGCAGUGCAAGAUCUUCUACGCUCAGUCUUUUGAUGCGCUUCGCCGGAAAUGUGGUGUCGCAGACCGCUUUGUCGAGUCUCUUUCGCGUUGCUCCAAGUUCGAGUCAAAAGGUGGGAAAUCCAAGUCGAUCUUCCUCAAAACUCUUGACGAUCGCUUCAUCCUCAAAUCUCUGUCGCCGAUCGAAGUCCAGGCAUUCUUCCGCUUCGCGCCCAAUUAUUUUGCCUUCACGCAUCAAAACCUGUUCAGGCAAUUACCAUCUGUCAUAGCAAAGAUGUUCGGCCUGUUCCAAGUUCAGAUAAAGACACCUACAGGCCGUGAUUUCGACUGGUUUAUGUUGGUCAUGGAGAACUUGUUUUACGACCGUGAACCCAACCGCCGCUACGACCUCAAAGGUAGCAUGCGAAACCGUAAGAUCCAGUCGACAGGCGAGCGCGACGAAGUCCUUCUUGACGAAAACCUCGUGGAUCUAAUCUACUCCGAAACCCCAAUCUUCGUGCGCGAGCACACCAAGAAGCUACUAAAAGCUAGUGUCUGGAACGAUACGCUUUUCCUGUCUCAGAACAACGUCAUGGACUACUCGCUCAUGGCUGGAUUCGACGAUGAUGAGCACGAAAUUAUCGUUGGUAUCAUCGAUUGCAUCCGCACAUAUACCUGGGACAAGAAGCUUGAGUCUUGGAUCAAAGACCGUGGCAAGAACAAACCCACCAUCACAUCACCCAAAGAUUAUCGCAACAGGUUCAGGAUUGCGAUGGAGAAGUAUAUCCUCCAGGCACCGAAUUGCUGGCAUCAAUUCGCCGGCAGACUGGCCGCUGGAGGAGAUCGAAGAAGACUGGUGCUUGAAAGCUCAAGUGCAGCCGGUCAAGGGCAUCAGAGGAAUGUCAGUGGAAGCACCAUUGGCGGCGGGGGGAGUGUUGGACACAGUAGAGGUGGCAGUCUAACGCAAAAGGGCGUAAUGGAGAGUAUGAACAACAUGGCAGAUGAGAUUGCUAGGGCGGAGGCGAGGAAGAUUAAGUAGUGAGCAUGAACUAGAUUCGAACAAGCAGUGUUAAGCAUAGCGGCGGCGCAAUAGCCUUCUCUAU